GGAAUUAUUUUAAACAUACCUUUGCAUAUUCAAUAAUUAAUCUAGCUAAAAACUCUAUUAUAUUCUAUUACCUUCCAUUAAUGAAACAUUUAUAUAAUUUAUAUAAAACAGAACAAAGUCAGUUAGUUAGCUACUCGUGUUAGUCGUGUAACUCAGAACAACAUGGUAUUAAAAAUGGUGUGUACAGCGCUCUACUUUUUAUUUAUGUAUAUUAACUUAGGUAUGGUGUGUACAGCGCUCUACUUUUUAUUUAUGUAUAUUAACUUAGCUAGCUGUCAGUGGUCUAAUUGGUCACCAUUGAGAGAAUGCACCGUGACAUGUGGCAUGGGUUUUAAGGUAAUGACCAGAACUUGUCUCGCUCAACCAUGUGGUGGUCGUAAUUUCAAAAUACAUCCUUGCUUUUCAACGCCGUGUCAAGUAAUUGGUGUUUUAUCCGCUUGGUCUGAUUGGUCAUCUUGUCAAGGAACAUGUGGUGUUGGGUAUCGUAGUAGAACAAGGACAUGCUCAAAUGACAACUGCCAAGGGAACUUAACAAAUACAGAAGUUUGUAAUGGUGGCUGUCGGUUUUCAGAAUGUCCAGCGGUGACCAGUAAUUUAAACUGUAAUUUUGAAACUUCUUGUUGGUUAUCGGACGAAUCUAGCCAAUGGAUAGUUGCCAGGAACACUCCGUCUCCAAGUACUGGACCUGAUAUAGAUCACACGUUUCCGUCAGGUUGUGGUCACUUUGCUUAUUAUGAGGCCAGUGGUAAAAGUAGCAGACACGAGGCAUACCUUAGCACACCAUUAUUUUUACCGAAUCACACUCAGUACUGUUUCACCUUCUAUGUGUCCAUGUACAGUCUAUACCCCGAUUUCAUGGGUUCGCUACAUGUUUAUCUGUUGAACAGUGUUACCAAUGAACAAUCCCUUAUUUGGGAAAAUUUUGGAGUACUUACAAAUAAUGCUUCGCAUUGGGAAAGAGUUGCCAUGGUUGUUAAUUUUGUUGUUGGUGAUCCAAAUAUGUUUAUCAUGUUCAAAGCAGUCAGAGGUACAGGAUAUAAUUCUGAUAUAGCAAUUGAUGAUGGUACAUUGUUGCCUGGUAACUGUACUAGUCCUACGCAUGGAAAUUGGGCGUCUUGGGAAAGAUGGAGUAAUUGUUCGGUUAAUUGUGGCCCUGGUGGCAUGCGAUCAAGAUACAGAAAUUGUUCCAUGCCAGAAACACAUAGUAAUGAAGAUAAAUGUGUAGGAAGCAAUACAACCAUGGAACCAUGUCCAAUCGAAACUCAAUGUCCCGUUGAUGGAGGAUUUGGUGACUGGUCAAAUUACAGUUUGUGUUCCAAAACCUGUGACGGAGGUGUACAAAUGAGAACUAGAGAAUGUAACAACCCAACUCCAUUGGCAGGUGGCAAAGAUUGUGUUGGUCUACGUUUAGAAAAUCGGACAUGUGGAAAUGAAAUUUGUCCAGUUGAUGGAGGAUUUGGUGAUUGGACAAAUUACAGUUUGUGUUCCAAAACUUGUGACGGUGGUGUACAAAUGAGAACUAGAGAAUGUAACAACCCAACUCCAUUGGCAGGUGGCAAAGAUUGUGUUGGUCUACGUUUAGAAAAUCGGACAUGUGGAAAUGAAAUUUGUCCAGUUGAUGGAGGAUUUGGUGACUGGUCAAAUUACAGUUUGUGUUCCAAAACCUGUGACGGAGGUGUACAAAUGAGAACUAGAGAAUGUAACAACCCAACUCCAUUGGCAGGUGGCAAAGAUUGUGUUGGUCUACGUGUAGAAAAUCGGACAUGUACAAAUGACUUCUGUUCGGGAGCUACUGGUGUUGCUAAAGCUCAGGGACUAGUGGAAAACUUCCUAAAGGACUUCCAUAAAACUGAAUAUCCCGAUAAGUCACCUUCAGGUAAAUUCUACAGUGCAAUCUUUGAUAUCCAAAAAGCAGUGGCUGAUGAAUUUAUUUCUGUUGAUCCUUCUGUCAGAAAUAAAACAGUUGAGGAGAGAUUGAUGGACUUGGAAGAUUUCCUAAAGGUUGCUACAGAGGGAGGAAGCAUUGAUUUUGCUCGUACUACUUUGGGAAAAGGGCUAUUUAUUUUUACAAAGAAAAAAAUCGAAGAAGGUCUUCCAAUGGAUGAAUUUAACAAUGCGACUGAUGUUUAUCUACGAAACAUAAGAGAUAAAAUUGGAGUGCAAAAUUAUAACCAAAUUCUCUCAAGUCAAGGAAAUAGUACCCUAAUGUUUGUUAUGGAUACUACAGGAUCAAUGAUAGAUGAAAUUGCUGCUUCUAAAGCAAUUGCGAAUUCCAUCAUAAAUGCAACUCGCGAUUUUGAAGUCGACUACAUAUUAUCACCGUUCAAUGAUCCAGGAACCGGCCCUGUUACAUACAAAAGUGAGGAGAAGCGAGAUGAAUUUAUCACUGCUAUCUCAAACCUGCGCGCUUAUGGCGGAGGAGAUUGCCCUGAACUUGCCUUUAAAGGUAUGCUUAAUGCAUUGGAUCAAGGACCUAAAUAUGGCAGCCCAAUGUUUGUUUUCACUGACGCAGCGGCUAAGGACGAUACAGCCGAAAACAUAGCAGCUUUAAAGUCAGCUGCCGAUAAUAGUUUUACAACGAUAACUUUUUUUAUAAAUCUCUUGGGAUGCGGAGGUGGAACUGAUAGCUACAAAGAAAUUGCAUCCCACACAUCAGGUCAAAUCUUUUCCCUAUCAAAUGAAGCAGAACUUUUACAAUUUGCGGAUUUCGUUGCAAGCAGUUUAAGCAGAGACACAAUGAUUGCAUCAGGAAGUGCUAUUAAUAGCCAGUUCUCGGUUGACGAUAGAAUAUCAAAGUUAACUGUCUCAGCUACAAGUACAAGCACAGCGCAAAGUAUUACGCUGAAGGAUCCAUUUGGUGAUAACGUUCCUGCAUUGACAACACUGUCAAUGAUCCGCAUUUUUCAAAUUGACAAUCCAGCCAGUGGUGUAUGGAGUUUGGUUUCCCCAUCUGUUGGUGCAGAUUACAAAUACACAGUUGAAGCAAAAUCCAAUGAUGCUAUCGUGUUUACUCACAACUUUAUGUAUCAAGAAAACCCAGCAAAUGAUUCCUUGCCGUACUCUUUGUACAAUCCUAUUACAGGUGUUGAAAACCAAUUAAUCAUUCGCUUGGGAGGAGUACAUAGAAUCGACAUAACCACAAUUCAAGUAGAUAUUAUGGACCUUAACGGCAAUGUUUUGAUGUCUAACCUAAGUCUGUCAGGCUUAGAAGCUGGCAAUAAUGUACUUCGUGCGAUGUUUACACCACCCGCAGCAUCAUUCAGAGUCAGAUUGACUGGUCAAACAAAUUCUGGUGCACCAAUUGAACGACUAUCUCGUGGAAUAUCAAGAGCUACAAAUGUUUUCGUUCGACCAGUAUAUGCUGGUGACGAAUUUACAGUUUCAUCUGGACAAACCAACGUAGUUGUUCAAGUUCAAGCUCUUGUUUUUGGCUCAAGUCAGGCUCAGUUGUUGACAAUCACCGCAAAAGCUAGAUGGGGAACCAUUACAAAUACCAAAUCCGAAACUAUCACCAACAUAGGUUACGUCAAUUUGAUUUACAAUGCGCCUACUGACAUGAGAGGGAAGACAGACGUUAUUCGUGUGACUGUCACCAACACGCAAUCGAGAGAAGAAUCCACUAAUUUCUUCUCCAUCUUGAUGAAAUAAACAUAUUCUCUCACUACCUUGCACUUUCAUUUUUUUAAAUUUAAUUUCUUGUCGUGAAUAAUUUAUAACAGUUAAAGAUCUUAACUAACGUUCGUGUUGAAGACGAUUUAAGAACUUGUGUACAUUAUUUUUCAAUGAAAUUUGAAUAGUUUAGUUUGAAA